AUGGUCAAGAAACCACCCCCAAAGUCCUCCUCAAGAAAGACGCCCAUCAAGCAAACGAAUCCGGUCAAGCCCAAAGGAAGUAGCGAAAGCAAGCCGGCAGAUCAGAUCCCGAUUCAAGACAUAGCUCACCAGCAAAAGGUCCUAAGAGUAUUCGAGAAUUCAUUCACUUCUGUCCUGUCGUCACAGAACUUCAACAGUACUCUCCAAGAAGUCAAAACAGCACUUUUCAAUCGCGAGUUUGAUAAAGCCUUCGGCAAUGAGGACUUUCUCGAGGCCUAUGCCUCGAGAUGGAGUCCCACUAGGGCAUUGUGCUACGCCUCGGUGCUGACUGGUAUAAGGUCUCAUUUGGAUGGACUUUCUGAGCGCAGCGCGGCCGAGUAUGCCCUGGACAACGGGGGUGGACAAGAUCCCUUGAGAGUGCUGGCAAUAGGUGGUGCGGCAGCCGAGCUUGUCGCACUGGGUUCUUUCCUCAGCCAACAACCAACCGCUCUCACCGGCUCCAUCACACUCGUCGAUGUUGGCCCAUGGGCAGGUGUGGUGACGAAGUUGCGCACAGGACUCAGCAUUGCAGCUCCGCUGUCGAAAUAUGCCAGCACAGCGGCCCAGGCUGCAAACACACCGUUGGUAGAGUCCACCAGGCUUGGGGACGUCAUAUUCAAGCAGCAGGACGUGCUAUCUCUUAGUGGAGAUGACCUCGCAGCCUUGGUCCGGACAAACGGAGCGGAGCACCAGCCCGUGCUUGUCACGCUGUUCUUCACGCUCAACGAGCUGUUUACAGCAGGCGGGAUAGGAAAGACUACGGCCUUCCUGCUCAAACUCACCGAGAUGGUACCGCCUGGAUCUUUGUUGCUAGUCAUUGACAGCCCGGGCAGCUACUCCGAGACAACCGUAGGCAAGGAGGCAAAGCGGUACCCUACCCAGUGGCUCCUUGAGAAGAUCCUACUCGACACAGCCGGAGAUGCCUGGGAGAAGAUUGAGUCGCAAGAUUCUGCCUGGUUCCGCUUGUCGCCGGACUUGAAGUACCCCAUCCCGCUAGAGGAUAUGCGAUAUCAGAUACAUCUGUACCGUGCUACCAGACGUGCAGCGGAGGACUAA